AUGUUGGUGGGCCUAUCGAAGUCCGCCGCUUUGGAUUACUCGUACUGGACAGUUUCCCGGGCCGGCCUGAGCUCGCCGUCCUGGAGUCUCGUGCUGUCCAUUAUCCGUCCUAUUCUGCGAUGCUGUGAAUCAUAUAUUUUAUGUGAUAUUUCUUUAGGAGUCGAAGAUCUUUUGGAGCAUUUCCAUCGGCACAAUAUACCUAUGGCGUUGACAACGAGUAGUUCGGAGGAGAGUUUCCACAUGAAAACAGAUCAUCUGAAGGACAUAAUCUCUAUAUUCCACCAUGUGGUCACCGGUUCUUCCGACCCGGAAGUAAAAAAUGGCAAACCAGCUCCAGACAUCUUCAAAAUAUGUGCUUCUAGGUUUCCAGGAAACCCUGUGUACAGCAAGUUCUUGGUGUUCGAUGAAUCGCCGAAUGGAGUGACUGCGGCUUUAGCGGCCGGAAUGCAAGUGGUCAUGGUACCCGAUCCCAUUUUGUCAAUAUGGCAUAACAUGUCGACCGCCAACGCUACGUAUGUGUUAAACUCCCUGGAAGAUUUUCGUCCGGAAAUGUUUUCACUACCUCCAUAUUUUACUGGUUCAUGAUUUUUUUUAAGUUUGAGUUUAUAUCUUCGAAAAUAUUACCUUCAUCGAAUAAUAUUGAAUUUAUGCAUUAAAUUUAUUAUCUACGUACAAAUAACAAUAUUUAACUAUU